UCGAACUAUCACACCACACAAAAAAAAAAUGGAGAAGUGGUCACGACCAAGAUUUAGCAUCACCAUUAUCGUAUCCUCUCUGUUCUGCUUCUUCUGCAUUUCCAUUCCACAAGCCAACUCACAACCUCCAUCGCCGGAAAACUUCCUCCGGUGUCUCGACAAACAACCGUCGGAUGCCGGCCGACCAAACUCCGCCGCCGCAGUCGUCCCGACGAACUCCACGUUUCCGACAAUGCUCCUCAACUACGUCCGAAACCUCCGGUUCGCCUCACCGACCACCCGAAAGCCCGAAGCUAUCGUCGCGGCCGAGUCCGAGACCCAGAUCAGAGCCGUGAUCGCUUGCUGCAAGGCCAUGGACCUCGAGCUCAGGAUCCGAAGCGGCGGCCAUGACUACGAGGGCUUCUCGUACGUGUCGCCCGUCCCCUUCGUCGUCCUCGACAUGUACAACUUCAGGCGAAUAGACAUCGAUAUGGAGACGGAUAGUGCAUGGAUCCAAGCAGGAGCUACGCUUGGUGAGCUUUACUACAACAUCGCCGACAAGAGCGAAGUCCGCGGCUUUCCGGCAGGAGUUUGUCCGAAAGUCGGGGCCGGAGGACAUUUCAGCGGCGGAGGAUUCGGGAACAUGAUGAGGAAAUACGGUUUAUCGGUGGAUCAUAUCGUCGACGCCAAGAUCAUGGACGCGAACGGGAAGAUAUAUGAUCGGAGAUCGAUGGGCGAAGACGUUUUCUGGGCGAUUCGAGGCGGCGGAGGUGGAAGCUAUGGCGUCAUUCUGGCAUGGAAGAUAAUGCUUGUUCCUGUCCCGGAGAAAGUUACAGUCUUUAAGCUCGAGAAGACGGUCGGAAACGGAGCCGUUGACCUGGUUUGGAAAUGGCAGUUCAUCGCUCCGAGAAUCGACAGAGAUUUGUUCAUCCGGUUAGAGAUUAAACCGGUUAACCGGAAUCGAACCGGUGGGAAAACCAUCAAGGUCUCGUUCAUUGGUAUGUUCCUGGGUUUGCCCGAUAGGCUCAUGAGCAUCACGAACCGGAGCUUUCCCGAAUUGGGUCUGAAGAAAUCGGACUGUAUGGUCAUGAAAUGGGUUCGGUCGGCGCUCUUCUGGGCGAAUUAUCCGUUAGCCGCACCUUCAUCGAUUCUCCUGAAACGGGUUUCCACGAACGAAUACUAUUGGAAGCGGACGUCUGAUUUCGUAAACCGGCCGAUUUCAAAACCCGGUUUAGUGAACAUUUUCAAGAAAAUGAUCGAUCUUUCGCCAUUUCCGCGGCGGGUCUGGAUGCAAUGGAAUCCCUACGGAGGUAAAAUGAGCGAGAUACCGUCGGAUUCAACCCCGUUCGUUCAUAGAAGCGGUGAAAUUUUCAUGAUCGAGCAUUUCAUGAAUUGGUACGAACCGGGCGAAGGGUUAGCCGAGAAAUUCAUCGGUAUAUCGAGGAGGUUCCGGGAGGAGAUGGCUCCGUACGUUUCGAAGAAUCCGAGAGAGGCGUUCUUCAAUUACAGAGACGUCGAUAUCGGGACGACGAUGACGGGCGCGAAUUCGAAUUCGACGUACGGAGCGGCUAAGGUUUAUGGGGUUAAGUAUUUCAAAGGGAAUUUCGAGAGAUUGGUUAAGGUGAAAACCCGGUUCGACCCGGAAAAUUUUUUCCGGUCUCAACAGGGGAUUCCGGUUCUCUCUUAGCUAUGGCCAUCGCAUGAUCAUGCACGUUCGGAGAUUGUUAAUUAAAAUCAAUAAUUUAAGGAAUAAAACAUUGGAAUAACAUAUUCGAAUUUUAAUCGGAUUUUUAUGUUAUUUUAUUUCUUGCGUUGUACGGUAAUUUCUAUCAACUGACCACAACCCUUGAAUCA